AUGUUACAAAUGUUAUCAACCAUGUCUAAUUUGCCCAUUGUUGCUGGUAUUAAUACUAUCAGUGCUGCUGCUGGCACCGCCACAGCCCCUACCACCACUACCGCAACCACCACUUCCUCCUCCUCCGGGUCUGGCAAUACCAAUGUCGCCAAUACUUCUUCUUCUUCUUCUGUCACUGAAACAACAACUUCCUCCGGUCUUGCAACAACAGUAACAACAGGUAAUGGUGCUAUGACCAAUUCUGGUAAUUCUUACCAAUAUUAUUAUGGUGGAAACAACACUUCCAAUACUAUUGAUGGAAAAUACGCACUUCCUUCUAUUUAUUUCACCACUCAAGAUUCAUUAAAUACUACUGUUAAUCAUACCUACAAUAAUUCUUAUUCAACUUCAACCGUUUCUGGUGCUGUCACUCCACAAAAUUAUCAACUUGAUUAUUCACAAUCCUCAACUGGAAAUGGCAAUUAUCAAUUUACAUUAUCAAACCAACAAUUAUCACCACAACAACCAAUACAACAACAACAACAAUAUAAUCGAUCAUAUUCUAAUUCAUUAAUGCCCAACUAUCAUUAUACCAACUCCUCCACUACUAAUAACAUCAAUACUAAUGUUGGAUCUAACACUUCACCUCAAUUAUCAAAUGAUAAUACUCCAAAAUUUCCAACUAGUCCCGUAUUAAUUCCUGAUAAAGACAACAACAACAACAAUAGUACCAACACUAAUAAUGUUCUCGUUUCAACAUAUCCUUCAAUGACAAUGAAUCAAACCCAACAACAACAACAAUAUCUUCAACCAUCUCAACAAUUUCAAUAUCUGUACAAUCAAUAUUAUAUGCAACCCUAUUAUUACCAACCUCAACAGCAGCUUCAACAACAACAACAACAACAACAACAGCAACAAGUUCAAAAACCAGUAAAACCAGAAAAGUUGCCCCAUAUAUCACUAACAAACAUUGAUUAUUCUUCAUUAGUAUCAUAUACUGUAUCACCUUCAUUGAAACGUAAACGAAGAACUUCAAAAAAAUCUUUAUCACCAUCAUCAACAUCAACAUCAUCAUCAUCAUUAUCAAUGAUGAUAAAUCAUGAUUCAACAGUCACCACCGGUACCACCACCACUGGUACCACUACACGUUCAUCAUCAUCAACCUCAACUUCUUCUUCUUCUUCUAGUGUUGUUUCUAUUGAUUCAUUUCCUUGUCCUCAAUGUAAUAAAAUUUUCCAAAAACCUUAUAAUUUGAAAUCUCAUAUGAAAACUCAUUCUAAUGAAAAACCAUAUCAAUGUAAUAUUUGUUAUAAACGAUUUGCUCGACUGCAUGAUAAAAAACGACAUGAAUUAUUACAUCAAGGAGAAAAAAAAUUUCAAUGUCAUGGUUAUUUAAAAGAUGGUAUAACAACUUGGGGUUGUGGGAAAAGAUUUGCUCGAAGUGAUGCAUUAAGUCGACAUUUCCGAACUGAAACAGGAUGGUUAUGUAUUAGACCAUUUAUGGAAGAAGCUAGACAAUUAGAAGAAGAAAAAAAACAACAACAACAACAACAACAACAAUCUAUGCACCAGCAAGUUCCUGAACAAGUGACUGUUGGUGUUGGGGUUGGGGGAGAAUUUAAAUUUAAUGAUGAAUAUUAUGAUAAUUCUAAUUUUAUUAAAAAAUUAUUACAAUCUAAUAAUAAAUAG